AUGAAGGUUGGUCAAGGAAUUGUACAGGAAGCGGUCUGUUCGGGUGACGAAAAUAUAUUAACUGCCAUAUUAGAAGUGCGUGUCCUACAACGACAUGUUCAACGUGUAACUCAUGUACCCAAGUUGGUGCGGCAUUUAUUGGAUGCACCAGAUUUCUAUAUCGAAAUGAAAUGGGAAUUUACUUCUUGGGGCGAUGCCUCUGAUGUCUCGUUUACGUCCCAGUGAUAUUUAUAGAGUAUAUAAGCGAGGUGCAAUUGUACGCAUUGACAGCAGCAGAUUGUCAGCAGCUGGUCCAAUUCUGUGUCGCAAAAGACUUUUAUC